UUUCAGCUAUCACGGCGGAGUAUGUAUUACCCCCACUCUGGCGAGGAGGAUGAUAUGGUGUACAUAGGGCCUCCACGUAAACGAAAGCACAGUGAGACCUCAUCGGAACAAGGAGAUGCGCAUAAAGACCAUACAUACAUGAUACCAAGGGAUGUCGACCCCAGCUUGGUGGAUCAUUUUGAUUAUGUCAUGAGGCCAGCCAAGGACAGGGAAUCCUUAAAAAAGAAACACAAAAAGUCCAAACAUGUUAAAGGAAAAGAGAAAAAGAAAAACGAAUUGGGCCCAGUUGAAAACGAAUUGGGCCAGUUGACAUUGCUAAUUGGUUUCAACUGGAAUUUUUACUUUGGUUAUAAAUGCUUGUCUUUGCCUUUCCAGAACACUGAUGAUGAGGAGGCGGAGCUCAGUAUUUACUGCGUGUCAUGUGGUCUGCCUGUCAAUCUGACUAGAGCCAUCAGACAUUUUCAAAGAUGUUUCAGUAAGUUGGAAAGUCAAACAUCUUAUGGGUCAGCUUAUCCCACAAGAAUUGCAGGGGAGUCGAUGUUCUGUGAUUACUUUAAUACACAACAAAACACCUACUGCAAACGAUUGAAGGUUUUAUGUCCUGAGCAUACAAAAGACCCAAAGGUGAGUGAUGAUGAGGUUUGUGGAUGUCCAUUAACAGAGGGAAAUAUACUGAAGGAGACGGACCAAGUCUGCCGGAUGGCCAAGAAGAAGUGUAACAAGCACUUCCACUGGGAAAAGCUACGUAGAGCUGAGAUCGAUCUACAGCGAGUACAUUGGUGGCUGAAACUUGAUGAUUUUAUUGAACAAGAGCGAACAAUUCGUACGGCGAUGUCUGACCGAGCUGGUGUCCUCGGGCUUGUUCUUCAUCAGACUAUUGAUCACGACAUGCUGGCCCAAGUCCACUUGCAAUCUGGGUUCAACCCAGCGAUGAAUCCUCAAAUGAACAUGGGAAUGAGCUUAGCGACCGGAGGUCCUGCAGGCACCGAUGUAAAUCCUGGCGACGAGGUAGAAGGAGGACAGACUGAACUGCCAGUAGCUGCCUUACCAGUGGGCGUGGCUCAAACAGCCUAAAAUAAAAUAUAUUUACAUACACUGUUCUGAUUGAGACAACAUUGGUUUUCUUCUUUGCACCAUGAAGUCUUUUAGAUUUGUUUUACUACCAGUGGACGGUGCGCAAAUGGCUUAAAAUAAUAUUUACCAUUUAUGUGGCAGCAAUGGUGAACAUCAACGCAACAUUGCUUUGCAUGUUUCGAACUUCAGAUAUUUUAGAUUUUGUUUUACCUUUUUUAUAUAGAACAUUAUGGACAGGUGGAUUCUAUUACACUUAUUUUAUUUUUUGCAAGUCAGAUAAAAUGUUAAAUUAAAUUGAAAUCUUUCAGAUGUGUGUUUGUGUAUAUGUUUGUAGGUUUCCCGCUUUGCUCUUUAAUGAAUACCAAUAUCAAUUACAAUUUAUUUCAGAAAGAAUAACGAUUUGUCAAAAAUUUGCAAAUGAUUAACAUUCAUUAAUCAAUUUAUUAAGAAAUAUUACUUCUUCACAAAUAUUUAAUGUAAAAAGUAAUUUUUGAAAAUUCUCAUAAAUUGUCAUAUCAAAUAUUGAUUAAAUUUUAAUAUGCCAAAAUACACAAAUACAUUGUUGAGUGUAAACCAUAACCUUUAACUUGCAUUAAAAUGUUAAAAUAUUGUGUAAGAGGGUUUCCUUUACAGUAGUUAUUUACUGUGUUUUUUAAUGGUACUCUCAGUAAACAAGUGAUUUUAAUUACUGUACCUUCUGCCAAUAGGCUAUGUUUUAUGUAAUACUCUUGAUUUUCAUCUUUGUAGUCUUAACGAAUACGAAUAUUUCCACUGAAUACUUACGCUAGCGUUCGUUAAUCGGCCAGUCUGUACAUUUCGCUAGUUACGCCACGGAUUAACGUACGCCUGGCAUUAGAUAUGACUGGCGUGUAUCGCUCAGGUCUGAACAUAGCCUUUACUCUUGUCAAAUCAAACCGCUGUACACACUCAAGUGAAUGGAUUUAAAUGUGUAGUAGGUUUUAAGAUUUUGCUCAGCAUUGUCAGUGUAAUCAUAGGUACCUUCAGUGAAAUGUACAGUGAAUGGAUUUAAAUAUGAAGUAGGUUUUAAUUUUGCGUCGUUAUAAUUGUAGAUACAUUCAUUGACAAGUACAGUGAUGCACAGGGGUAUUAACAUGCGUUCGUAAAGAUUUAAUCAAGUCACGCUGUUCAUGUUGUACUUUUCUGCCGGAAAAACAUCGUGGAUAUUUUUCUUAGGUGUUCACUCAGUUAAACUUGCUGCACAUCUUUUGAGGCAAUUUGACCUUAAGAAGAAUUGUACUCGGAUCAUCCACGCUGAAAGUCUCAUAAUUGCCAGUAACCAUUUGCAGGCAAUUAGCUGUAACAGCUGCAAAAGACAAUGUCAGAGGUCAAACGCAUAUCAACAAACGCAUAACUGCUUAUACUAUCAUUUGCUUUUUUUACAUGAUAAUAAUAACAACUGUUGACAGUAUAUGGUAGUCUUAUACGUCGAGCAUUCUUCAAAACUGUUAAAAACAGUUAGAAAGCAGAUGAUAUGCCGUAUACUUUGUUUUUAGGCCUCUGCCUUGACAUUCGACAUAGACGCACUGUUAAAACUACAAGAUGGUUUAUUACUUUGGACUUUUUUUAUAUUAUAAAUCUUUGUAAAAUAUUUCUAUCAGCUUGUGUAUCUCAGUAUACAUCGUGAUUAUUCUGUUAUUGAAAUGUAAAUAUAAUACAUAUCGUAUGAAUUUUGAACAAUAAACAUGCUGAAAGUGUGA